AGGUGCUGUCCAGGUAACAGGGUGAAGAGACUCCCAAUGGGUGGGACAUGUGUCUCUGUGUGUAGCUGAGUGCGUCUGUGUGGGAGGAUCAGAGCUGCAGCGAUGGCCCAGGUAAAGGUCGCAGGUGACAGAGCGGGGAACCACCAGGACUGCACAGAGGUUUACUCUGACAUGGCCACGGUCAGCUCCAGCGCAGAUAUAGGGGAGUCGGUGAGGAAGGGGGCGUUGUACGAGGCCUCCGUGGCCGUGGGGCUCAGCAGGCGCAGCAGGGCCUACCCCUCCCCAGCCAGGAGACGCCACCGCACCACCUUCAGCCACAAGCAGCUGGAGCAGCUGGAGGUGGCCUUCGGGCAGAACCAGUACCCAGACAUCUACUACCGGGAGGAGCUGGCCCGCGUCACUAAGCUCAACGAGGCCCGGAUACAGGUGUGGUUUCAGAACAGAAGGGCCAAGCAGCGGAAGCAGGAGCGGGCCUCCCAGAAGGUCCUGUCCGUGGGGGUGAUGCAGGGCCACAGGGCGCUGCUGGGGGGCGUCCACGUCCAGGCGUCCGGCGUGGCCCGGCAGUACUACAGCGCCCAGCCCCUGGCCCACAUCCCCCGCCUCUCCUCCAUGCUGCCGCCGCCGCCGCCGCCGCCCGCCGGGGCGUACUCCCGCCACCCGGGCCCCGUCGCCCAGUUCCCCUGCGGCAGCGUCCCGACGCAGCCGGCGUCCCAGAGGCAGCACGACGACUGGUACGGCCCCCUGAGGGGAAACCUGGCCUCGCCCAUGUUCUCGCUGGCCUCCAUGCAGCCUCUGGACCCCGUGUCCCACUGGAGCUAGGGAGGAACCGGAGACACCCGACACGUCUUCACACAUUUAGUCACUGCAGGUUAAAGUGUAGCUGGUUCAAGGUUCGUGUAUUAAAAUAAGUUGAGGGGGUUCAGUCCCAUAUUUACAGGGGCUCAAAUGUCAUAAAUCAGUGUAAUGAUUUGAUUGAUUUGCAACAUAUUGAACAUAUUUUUAUUCCCUGUAUUACUUCCUUUUACGUUGUCUCUCAUUUUCUACUUUUUUAUGCUCUUCUCACUCU